AUGAAGAAAUAUAAUCCAGCCAUUGUUGCAAAGAAGCCAGGGGAGGAGGAUAUCUCCUUCUGGGCUCUUAAGAAUGGAGUCAGGAUCUUUAAAAGCAUCUCUGAUCUCCAAAGCUCCCCAAAAUGGUCAAUGAAGUUUACCAUAACAGGUCUUUCUGCUACUUUAUCAUCAAUAAUGUUCCCAUGAAUGAUAUAAAUGCUCGUCCUCAAACAUCUUUGGAGAAGGUUUAUGAUAUUUUAAGCGAUAUUGAGGCAUAUCCAAAAUGGCUACAGCCUAUUACAGAGGCUACUGAGGUUUUUAGAAUCAGUAACGGAAACAAUUUUGAGCUUCCUAGCACUAAAGAGGCGAUCGUUUGCAGAGGGAAGAUAGAUAUCCUAAACUCAGUGGCUGAUAAUUAUCUCCCAGCAUUCCUUCAAGAGAAGCUUUCUACUUAUAUAAAGGAGAAGGUGAAGUUACCAUUUGAUUUCAUUCUUGAAAGAAAUAUGAUUAAUGGGGAUAACCAACUGAAUCAUAGUCAGUCUGCUUUAUUUUUAUUGAAAAUCCUUCCUCCUAAGUGUAACACGAUGAACAGAGUAAUCCCACCACUAAAGGUGAAGAUUGAGCUGGAAUCCUUCAAAGAAACCGAUCUUCUCUUCGUAAAUAUCCAAGCUGAGCUAAACGGCUCUGGUGUGGACUGUAAUACGUUGAACCAAUUUAUACUAAACCAGAUCAUCCAAUCAUUCACCAACCUUAAAGCUUACUCUCAGUUGGCAACUGCCGAGAAGAAGAAGGUGAAGGUUGCUCUAGAAACUAAACCUGAAAUCAAAUCAGAACAAGUGAAAGUAAAUAUUGAGGAGGAAGUCAGAAUCCGGUCUUCUCCCAAGAGGCAGACUGUAAGCAUCCGCAAUCUCCAGCUAACCAAGAAAAUCAGCCAGCUUGUCUGUGAAGAAGAUAGCAUUAUUUAUGAAGAAGAUGAUGUUAGUGAGAAGACCUUUGACUUAAACUCAGAUAUUGGCAUUCCACCCUCAAGACCUUCCAAAAUUGAUAGGAAAACUAAGGACUCAAACAGAGAUGAAAAGAUGUGUACCCCUUCAACUCUGGAAGAGGAAAAGAAGAGCGCCCAAAGCCAGGAGACUCGAGAAGAGUUCGUUAAAAAGUGCUAUAGAGAUGGCGAAUGGACUAAAUGGAUCCCUGAACGAUGCACUCCUGAAGAAUUGAAAGUUUAUGAAGAUUUCAGGAAUAGAUUAACCACUCAUCUUGGAAGAGAUGUUGAGGAUAACCUCUGCUUAAGAUUCUUAGCCAGAAGAGACUUUAAAGAUCCAGAUUAUUCGUAUAAAUAAAAUUCUUGAGUAUUUCGAGUACAUCGAGAAAUAUGAUUACGAAAAUCUCACGAAGGAAGGAAUUAUUGAGCAAGCUAAAGGCAAAUCAAAGAAAAUAUUUGACCUUGGAGUCCAUAACUUUGCUGGUUUUGACAGACAAGGAAGGCCAGUAGUCCUUAUAAAAGUUUCAAAUGUUGACAAAGGCGUGUUCAAUGACAUCGGUACAUCAAGAUUAUACCUUCUUUAUCAGAUGAAAAUGACAAGAGCUAGAUUUUCUCCAUACGUGGAUAAAUCUAUUACUAUCAUUGAUUUUGAAGGCUCAGGGUUAAGUAACCUUGCAUUAGGAAUGUUUAAAACUCUAAACCCUGAAAUAUCUAAUAUAUUCCCUCAAUCCACCCACAAGAAUAUCCUUGUUCAUCCUAACUGGAUUUUAUCAAUGGGAUGGAAAGUAGCCAAGAGCAUGCUCCGUGAAAAGCAGCUCAAAAAGGUUCAUUUUAUUGAAAACAAAGAUCUUCCAGACUCCCUUGAAGAAGAUAUGGAUAUAGAAUAUAUCCCAGAAAGUCUCGGAGGAGAAGGAGAAUUACAACACUUGUAGAUCAAGCGAAGCAAAAAUUAAAUUUUAUUUUCAAUCAAAU